GAAGUUCGGAGGUGGUAUCAACCAUUUAAUGACAUAAAUAAGGGCGGCAGCUGAAUUCACAGUUUGCUUUUGGCAAUCAGGACAAGCAGGAUUUGAGACCCAGCAAAUUUCGUCUCGAUCAAUUUGGUUACUUCAGGGAAAAUAAGAAAAUGGCGCCGAAGGUGGUCUUGAUAACCGGCUGCUCUUGCGGAUUGGGUCUUGCUGAGGCAGUACUUCUCAGCACACGAUUUAAGCACGACUUUAAGGUUUACGCCACUGUUUUGAAGCUGUCCGAUAAAGGUGACCUCGAAGCAGCUGCCGGCGACGCAAUCAACAAGAAUCUAUUCAUCCGAGAGGUCGAUGUCACCAAGACAGAAACUAUCAAGGCAUUGGUUGACGAAAUCAUUAGGGACAAUGGGAGAAUCGAUGUUGUUGUUAACAAUGCAGCGGUGAAUGGCAUUGAUGAUCCUUUCUUCGCCAAACCGCUGGGCUCCCUUGACCAAGCUCAGGCCAUGAUGGAUGUCAAUUUUUGGGGCCCGGCACAAGUUAUAAAAGCAGUGCUACCAUUCAUGCAGGAACAGAAAUCCGGUCUUAUCAUCAACACUACCAGUGAAUCUGGAAAAACAGAAUCGCCUUUUAUAGGCCUUUACGCAGCAACUAAGUGUGCUUUGGAAGGGCUUUCCGAGAGCCUCGCUUUGGUUCUUCGCAAGGCUUACAAUAUCAGAGUCGUUAUACUUGAGCCUGGAACCUUCACCUCACCUAUGGUGGUAUAUUCUUUGAGCCCCGAAUUCCAACCAGAGUUCUUGACCACAAAAUGGGAGGAGUCCGCCAAGGGGAUGUUCUCUGAGUUCUGGCACAGGGACAUGCGCCGCCUCAUGAUGGAAAACCAGGCGCCUGAGGAGGUAGCUCGCGUGGUGGAGGAGAUCAUCCUGUGUGAUGAGCCACACCUUCGCUACCAGUCUGGCCCGAUCAUUACCCAGCGACUGGCCAGAAAAUUGCGAGAUCCCACCGGCGAUUCUGCGUUCAAAGCAUUCCAGUCAAUGGAGUAGAGCCUCACUGUCACCAUGCAUACUUAGACCGCUCCCUACCGACACAGUAUUGAUUUAUGGUGAAUCGGGGAGUGGGGUGACGAGAUAAGGGAAACACGUGAGACAUUUCAAAGGAAGCUUUUUUCUAGAAGAAAGGAUGAGAAACUUAAAGAUUGUGCCAUCAGGUGUCAUGUGACACAUGGAAAUUUCACAUUUUCUUGAGUUGAAACAAUACAUUUCACAACUUCCUUCUCGCACGUUUCUCUCUUUCUCGAGUUGAAGCUGUAGCAUUCGAUGGUUUAACUCAAAAGAUAAAACGGUAAACCCUAAAAUAAAGGUACAAGUGCUUUAUGUAGUUUGAUUGUAAAUCUCAUCACCAGUUUGUUGUUAAUUUCCAAAAGGAUAAGGACAAUUUGUAUUUCUUUAGAUGCAUUUCUCUACAUCAGAUAACAGUGGCGUAAAUGUGUGCCGAUGAUGGGGGGGGGAUGACUUUGCACGGCCUUGUAAAUUUCCAAGUGUGUGGGGGGAACCAUAUGACACUAUUUAGGGGGCGAUAAUUAUGAUAUCUGUAAUAUGUAUUACAUUAAUGCACAGUCUUACAUCAGAAUGGCUUACUUUUGGCUUUAUCAAAUUAUAUUCCCUUUAGUGAUAUUGAAUACAUUAAUUGAGUCAUUGGGAUGUCCGAACAAUUUUUCAUGAUCCACUUAAUUUUUUUAUUGCUCACCACAAAAAAUGGUUGAUAAUUUAAUAGCCCACCCCCUUAAAAAUUGGGGGAUAUAUGUCCCUAUCCCCUAGGAUUUAUGCCCAGUGAAUAUGGCAAUGUGAAAUGAUGACCAACUUUCUAAUGGUACACUGUACAAUGAUUUUUUACUGUGUGACCAUUGAACUUGUAUAGAUCAUAUACCUGUUGAAGCCUCUUCGUUUUCUGACUCAAUCUAAGAGACAAUUUUGUUUUUCUGCUUUUAGAGAUGCUGGACUGGGACAUAGAGAACGUUUCAUUAUCUUGAGGGUGGCAUUCAAAGGAAUAUAAUAUAACCGACUCAGCCGAAUAAAAUAAAAAUUUGUGCCAACAUAUCUCGUCAUUAUUCGUCUCUUAAAUUAAAUGCCACAAGUGCAUGACCCUUUCGGCCGCUUAAGUAUAAGCCACGUUUUUAGUAGUCAAAAGCAGUUUCCAAAACGCUCAAUCAACUUUUCUGCUUCACUGGCAGCAGAAAUUCAUUUGCUCAUCUUUUCGACCACCUUCAAGCACGCUUCGAGUUAACCUCGGUUGGCAUAUGCUUUCCGGUCUAUUUAUAGCCGAUGGCCACAAGAUUUGAAGGACCCGCCACUUGCUAUGGUAUAGUUUUGGUUCCAAGACCCUUUGGUUGUUCAGGGACUCGAACAUCACACGUAAUCUACAUACACGUAUGUGCACAUGUACAGGGCGCUAUCACCUCACGAACGUGUGACGAUAGCUCCCUCUAACAGUGGCGAUAGCUCCCUCUAACAGUGUACGUGUUGGGUUCGUGUCGCGGAAUAACUACUAGAUAUACACCCCUUUUUCACAGUCUGACACAGAAACAAUGCUGAGUGGUUGAGAAUGUUCCAAAAAUCUCCAUUUUUGAAAAUAAAUUGAAAAAAAAAGUCCACUGGCUGUGCUAUGGGGAGUAAAUAAUCAAGGUCAGCCAAUAGCAAAUGUGCACAAACUGCCUGUACAUACACUGUACAUGUACACUUCUACUAUAGUGCGAA